UCAGCCAUCGCGACUCGCAAGCUUAUGGAACAAGAUGGACUGGUCCAGACAUUAGUACAUUACUCAUUAGUCAUUAGGGCUUGUUUGUUUGAAUGUUGCGUAGUAGAAGCCUAGAAGGUUACAGUGGGUUUGGAAAUCGGACCUUUAUUUUUGUAUUUUAGUAUUUGUAACCAACAUAAGUAUUAAUUUUGGGCUUCAAACUUGUAAUGGAUUUUUACAAUAUUUUAGAAUUUAUAGUAAUCGCUGGGUGGGAGUCAGUACGGUAUUAUACCGGUAUACCGCGGUAUUUGAAAACAUUUACUGUUACCGAAAAUGACGGUAUACCAAUAUUCCGGUAUUUUUCGGUAUUUUUCUGUACAGUAAGAGUAAGUGCUGUAUACCGAUUUUCAGUAUUCUUGCCCACCCUUAGAGAGAACUGCCUACGAGCUUCUCUUUGGCGAUGGAACUUCUAUUCAUAUUCUGCUCGUGCACUAGCAAAUAGCGCUGUAGUUCAUCAAGAUACAGUUGAAAUCUUGCGUCAUAAAAACGCAAAAUCUUUUCCACCAUGUUCCCUUCAGUCAUAUGGCGUAGGUUUGGACGCAUCAUAUCCACCAUCUUCUCCGCUGUACAAAUGAAUGGCUAUUGAGAAGCCACAUAUGUCCGUAUGACUUCAUAAUGUUUUUGCCAUGUUCACGCCAGUCAUCUUUUCUCCACGAUAGCAGAUUUUGUUGUUGAUUCCCAUUGUUCUUGUGAAGUAGCUGGUGACAGAUUCGCCACCUUUCAUUUCCAAAGUCGCAAACUCCUUCCUCAAAGCUUGAAUUUUUCUGGAUUCCCCCUCGCGGAGCCUUGAUAUUUCGUCUUCUGGACUGAUACUGCGUUUGCGAGUCGCAGAGUCUUGGAUGCUUGAGAGUAUGCUUGCGAGUGAGAUUCCCGUCCUCCUGAGCGAUUGAGCUAUUCUCGUCCGUCCUCUGUUUAGGACUGUAGAAUGGCAGUGGCUUUGGAGGCAAAAGAUGCGAUAGAAUGGUCUUACAAGGGAGAAGGAGGCGCCAAUCUGAUUCUUUCCUACUGCGGAAGAUCUCCUCAAUUUGUUGGCAAAGUUUUGAGGGUACAAAAGGUUCCAACAAAUGGGUCGGAAUGUCAAAGUGGUCAUCUAGGCUUAACUAUGCAUGAAAGCCAUCUUUGGAAAGAUGUCAAAGAGCUUGUAUCUGCCCCUACAAGGGAAAUUGCAGGGCACUUCUUUGUCCAACAUGUGAUGCGUCCAUUAUUGGGUGCUAAACAUGUUGAUGCUGGGGUUCACAUCAUUGUAUCCAGAGAAUUUUUGGAAACAGUUGAAAAGAAUGCUUUUCAUGUACGCCCCUCUUGGCGGGUAGAUGCAACUAAAGUAAAUUUCUUGAGUAGUUAUGCUAUUCUGAUGCCCGAUCAUUCAACAUUCCCCCAUGUUGCACCUAAGGAACAUUGCAUAUGUGUUGAGAUAAAGCCCAAAUGUGGAUUUGUUCCAAGUUCUGAAUUUAUUUUAGAAAGAAAUGCUGUUAAAAGGAGAACUACUCGUUUCAAAAUGCACCAGACUCUGAAGUUUGUUCAAGGCAAGAUAUCAUAUAUAAGUGAAUAUGAUCCCCUGGAUAUGUUUUCUGGAUCCAAAGAAAGAUUGGAUAAAGCAAUGAAUGAUCUUUUAUUGACCCCACAGAAUAACUUCCGAGUUUUUCUGGAUGGUUCUCUCAUAUUUGGGGGUCUGGGUGGUGUUGCGGAACCUACAACAUCUAAAGUUUGUGAGGCAUUGGAAGAUGCACUUAAGAAUAUAAUUUUGGCUGAAGAAGGGAUGCGUACUAAUUGUUUUCUUGAGCUCAUCUCUGAGGCAGUUUUAAGUUCAGGAGUACUAAAUAGACUUCUUGAAGUCCAGAAGCUUGACGUUUUUGACAUCGAGGGUGCAAUUCAUGUGUAUUAUAAUGUUAUUUCACAGCCCUGUAUGGUAUGUAGAGAAUUGGGCAGCGGCUUUUCAAAAAGAUAUGACACCUUGCAUUCUAUUUCAAUGGAGGAAAGCGGGAAGAUAUUGAGGGACUUUUUAAUAGCUACUACUGCAAAGGACUUGGGUGUGAUGAUUAGCUUCAAACUUCAGGAAGAUGGGAAAGGGAAGUCUUCAUAUAAUCAUGUCUCCUUAAAGUCAACCAAUCAAAAUUUUGAUUACAAGGUAGCUUUCAUUGAUCUGGACCUGAAGCGUUUGAAUAAGAUGGAAUUUUACUAUGAGUUGGAUCAGAAGAUUGUUAGCAGUUAUUUAAAGAUGGUAAAUGCGGAAAGCCUUAGCAGAAUGCCUCAAUCGGACACACCAUGAUAAUAAUGUGGUUGGAGAUUAAUAAAAAUAACUCCAGUAAGGAAUCAAUCAGACUCUUCACAAUUCCGCACCUACAACAAGUGGUAUUUAAACUACCGCCGCAACUUUCCAGCUCAAGACUAUUUAUAUAUUUAUUUUAUACAAUUGGGUUUGAGGGUCAUCCUUUGCUAUUGAUACUUGUGAGGCCAAUAAUGCUUGAUACUAUAUACACAUUCUCGAUCUGAGUAUUGUAUGAGGUAUAUUGUAAAUUUGUAAUUUAUUUGAACCGUUCUCGAUCUCAGUAUGGUAUCAUUGGUAUGUCGUUUAUUGUAAAUUUGUAAUUUAUUUGUAUCAUUUUCUCUCACAAGUGAUGAAGUGAAUUAUAAGUGAAUUUAUCUGUAUCAUUUUCUCAUUUGUUGCGGCAUUGUUUUGAAGUAAAAUAAAAGCCGUACAA